AAAUGGUUAAUCUAAAAAGGUGAAUGCUGAACGGGAGCCUACGGGGAUAGAAUCAUAGAAUCGUCGCCGUUAUCACCGCACCCUUGAACCUUCCCGGUAAAGAAAACGCCGUAAUGCCAUUUUUGUCUCCGUAGAACGAGUCGCGUGCCUUCCGAUUCCAUUAUAUUGGUCGUAUCUCUUUUGUCGGAGGGCGAAGGAAGUGAGGCUAGGCGGGCCCGACUUCACCGCCAUUUCCUCAUGUCGUCGCAUCGGCGGCGCCACCACCGCUCAAGGUCUUUAGUUCCGGCCAUUUUUAUUGUCUCCUGCAUCAUUCUCGUCCUGUUUCUUUCCAUUUCAUUGCUCGCACCUCCCUUCACUGAUAGCAAUCGACCCCACUACCGCCGCCGUGAUAUCUCGGUGAACGAAGGCAUCGACAAUGGGACUAGAGUUCAUGUGUUUCAUGUUCCGACCCGUGGAGGAAUACAUGAUCAAGAUCUAUGGAAGUCAAAAAAUGCCAAUUUCUUCUUUGGAUGCAGUAACUCCAGUAGUAAAUUUGCAAAUGCCAAGAUCUUAACACAUCCAAAUUGGUACUUGUCAAUUGCAACCAGUGGAGGCCUCAACCAACAAAGGACAGGGAUAAUUGAUGCUGUUGUUGUUGCUCGCAUCAUGAAUGCUACUCUAGUUGUUCCAGCAUUGGACAAGAAGUCCUUUUGGAAAGAUUCCAGUGACUUUUCAGAUUUAUUUGAUGCUGAUUUCUUCAUAUCUCAUCUUGCAAAUGAUGUGAUAAUCAUAAAAGAGCUUCCACUUAAUAGAGGAAAGACGUGGAAUCCAUAUACUGUUCGAGUUCCAAGGAAGUGCAGUGAGAGAUACUAUAUAAACCGUGUUGUGCCCAUACUUAAUAAAAAACAUGCUGUCAAGAUCCCCAAGUUUGACUAUAGACUUUCAAAUAGGUUGGAGGCAGAGUUGCAAAAACUAAGAUGCAGAGUUAAUUAUCAUGCUCUGAAGUUUGUUGACCCUAUAUAUGAAAUGGGAAAGGAAUUGGUUCACCGAAUGAGGAUGAAAAGCAAGCAUUUCAUAGCACUUCACCUAAGGUUUGAACCUGACAUGCUUGCAUUCUCAGGAUGCUAUUACGGUGGAGGAGACAAGGAGAGGAUGGAAUUUGGGAAAAUAAGGAAGAGGUGGAAAACUCUACACAAUAGCAAUCCAGAUAAGGGGAGGAGGCAAGGAAGAUGUCCUUUAACUCCUGAAGAAGUGGGUUUGAUGUUGAGAGCACUUGGAUACGGCAGUGAUGUUCAUAUUUAUGUUGCAUCUGGUGAAGUAUAUGGAGGAGGGGAUACACUGGCUCCUCUAAAAUCACUCUUUCCGAACUUCAACACAAAGGACACAAUAGCCAGUGUUGAAGAACUACAGCCAUUUUCUUCAUUUUCUGCCCGAAUGGCUGCACUAGACUUCAUAGUUUGUGAUGAAAGCGACGUUUUUGUUACUAACAACAAUGGAAACAUGGCAAAAAUUUUAGCAGGACGAAGGAGAUACUUUGGGCACAAACCUACAGUUAGACCGAACAGUAAGAAAUUAUGGCGUCUUUUUUUAAGCCGGAACAACAUGACUUGGGAGGAAUUCUCAUCCAAAGUUAAUAGGUUUCAAAAAGGCUUCAUGGGUGAUCCUAUGGAGGUUAAAUCUGGCGGGGGGUUUCACGAAAAGCCUUCAUCCUGCAUUUGCAAGCUCUCAGAUGGUAAAGCAAAACUUUUAUCAUCAUCAACCCCCCAAGAAGGCAGUCUAGAAGAAUCGGUGAAAGAAGAAGACCAAACCACAGCAGAUGAUGAUAUGGGGGAUAUGUCUGAAGCUGAUGAGCGUGAAGAAGAUGAUAUACAAGAUAGUUUGAUGUCAGAGGAGUCCGAGCUGGAUGAGAUGCUCUCAGACUAGCACAUAGUCAUCAUCCCAAAUUUGAUGAACAUGUGAACCUUGAGGUAGGUGAAAUAAUGUAUCAGCUUCGAAGAAGUUUCUACUUGGACAAAAACCUCGUGCAAUCUUCCUUGAGAUUUGAGAAUAGCGAUGAAGUUCAGCAAGGUUAGUAUGACUAGUUUUUUUUUAUUGUCAUUUUUUAUAUUUGUAAUCUUUUUCUUUUUCUCCAUGUGUAUCUUAUAUAUCUCGUACAACCGUAUAUAAGUUUCUGCUAUUGUGACGGCUAUAGUGAAAUCCAUAUUGAUCUUAUUGAAACAAUUAUUAUAUCGUGGGAGCGACCCAUAGUAAGCAUCGUAGUCCCACAAUUAAAAUGACAUCAUUUAAGUUUAAGUUUUAACUAAAAAAUGC